CGUGCGUCCCUCCCCCCCCCACCACAGCGACUGCGACUCGGACAAGAUGGCGGUUCUGCGGGCGAGCGGCUUUAGGGCCGCGGCGCUCCUCAGGCCCGGCUUGGCUCGGCUUCCUCCGGCCGCCGGCUACCACGAGAAGGUGGUAGAUCACUACGAGAAUCCCAGGAAUGUCGGCUCCCUGGACAAGGCGGCGAAGAACGUGGGGACUGGCCUGGUGGGGGCUCCAGCCUGCGGUGACGUCAUGAAGCUGCAAAUCGAGGUGGACGAGAACGGAAAAAUCAUUGACGCCAGGUUUAAGACGUUUGGCUGCGGGUCAGCAAUCGCUUCAAGUUCUUUGGCGACGGAGUGGGUGAAAGGGAAGACGGUUGACGAAGCCUUGAAGAUAAAAAAUACAGAUAUUGCUAAAGAGCUUUGCCUGCCGCCAGUGAAACUGCACUGCUCAAUGCUAGCGGAAGACGCCAUCAAGGCCGCCUUGGCAGAUUACAAGUUGAAGCAGGGGUCAAACCCGUCUGGGCCUGGGAAGACCGCAGCCAGUAUGUAGGGCUCUUCUGCCUCUCAAGGCCUGGGAGCCAGCUUCCCUCCAUCCCACUUGUAGCCUCAGCACGAUAUCUUAGGAGCUUCACCCAUCCGCCAUUUGGAGAGACGCACAACUCAUACGCACAAUGUUAAGACUGUACUAGAGCCAACAGGACAGACUGACUUUGCCGCAGCUUUUUGCUCUUGGCCUUUUUUUUUCCUUUUAUCUGUGUGAAAGAUCUUCGUCUGAGAUUUGAUUUGUAGCCUUAGGGAUGGCCACCGAAAAGGGAGGGAGGGGGUUAAAGUUGUCUCUUAGUUACAAAGAAAGGUCCCAGGUACGACCCUUGAGUCCGCAGGGACGGGCAAUGAUGUAUGACACCCCAGUGUUCUCCCUCCAGGGGUAGAUUUAGAGCAGUAUGGAGGCUCUUUGGGCUUACAAUUAAAAUUCUGGUCCUUGAUUUGGGGGCGGCGGGGGGUAAGAGCAGUGUGGUUUUAUGUUGCUGCUUUACAUUCCCCUAACACGAGGGAUAGACCUGAUAAGUACAGGAAAGGUGUGUCUGCUAUUUUCUAGAUUAGAAUUAUAAAGAAGGGAAUAUAUAUUUUAUUUCGCCUGAUUGUUAAUACACAAAUUUCAGAUUUGUUUGUUGUUCAGCUUGUGUAACACAUGCAGAGAUAAUAAUAUAUGUUUGUUCUAAAGAA